GCGUCAAAGCACGGGGGAGGGUGCGCGCUCCUGUGCCCAUGGCCAUUGAAAACAAAGCUAACUGCGUGGUUUCUAUUAUAACCGAGGAGAGGUUCAACGAGAGCUGCUUGAACAAGGGCAGAUAAAAGGAGGAUAAUUAUGGAUACAGAACGAUAUUAGGUGCCGUCGAGACCCGGUGGCGGCGCGGAGGACAUUGGUUCCGCAAGACAUCCUCAGAAUCGGAGGAAUUUUUGAGUUUCUCUGCGCCCCGCUGGAGCGCUUUGUUACAUUAGCUGGCUAGCUAACCGGACAUCGCUGCCAUUCCUCCGGCGCACGCGAGGCCGUCUAUGCGACGCCCGUGAGCCGGGGCGAGCCACCAAACUGCCAUGUCGCCGUCGAACGGCGCCCGCUGAGUAGCCGACGCCUCAGACCUAACCGGAGUUUCCCCUCCGCCGUCCGGGAAGCGGGGGAAGCCGGAGCGCAGCGCCGCGGCCGUGUGGAAGCCCAGCUGCACGGCGACAUGGCGGAGCAGAGCUACUCGUCGUGGGCGUACUCGCUCAUCGACUCCAGCCAAGUUUCCACCUUCCUCAUCUCCAUCCUCCUCAUUGUCUACGGCAGUUUCAGGUCGUUAAACAUGGAUUGCGAAAACCAAGAGAAGGAGAAAGACGGGGGGGGCUCUGUACCUGGGGCCUUCAACACCACAGGCGGCAACAACAGCAGCAACAGUGAGUGUAUUCAGACCAUCGACUCCACGCAGGCCCUCUUUUUGCCCAUCGGUGCCUCUGUCUCCCUGCUCGUCAUGUUCUUCUUCUUCGACUCUGUCCAGGUGGUCUUCACCAUCUGCACUGCAGUUUUAGCGACGAUAGCGUUUGCCUUCCUCCUGUUGCCCAUGUGCCAGUACCUGACCCGGCCCUGCUCCCCGCAGAACAAAAUCUCCUUCGGCUGUUGUGGACGCUUCACCCUGGCAGAGCUGCUCUCCUUUUCUCUGUCGAUCACCCUGGUGCUUAUCUGGGUGCUCACGGGACACUGGCUGCUCAUGGACGCUUUGGCCAUGGGGCUCUGCGUCGCCAUGAUCGCCUUCGUCCGCCUGCCCAGCCUCAAGGUGUCCUGCCUCCUGCUCUCGGGACUGCUCAUCUACGACGUCUUCUGGGUCUUCUUCUCAGCCUACAUCUUCAACAGCAACGUGAUGGUGAAGGUGGCCACGCAGCCAGCUGAUAACCCCCUGGACGUUCUGUCCCGCAAGCUGCACCUAGGGCCCGGCAUGGGCCGGGACGUGCCCCGCCUCUCGCUGCCCGGCAAGCUGGUCUUCCCUAGUUCGACGGGGAGCCACUUCUCUAUGCUGGGCAUCGGGGACAUCGUGAUGCCAGGCCUGCUCCUCUGCUUCGUUCUGCGCUACGACAACUACAAGAAACAGGCGGGCAGUGAGCCGCCGGGCCUCCCCAACAUGUCGGGCCGCAUGCAGCGCGUCUCCUACUUCCACUGUACUCUCAUAGGAUACUUCGUGGGCCUCCUGACCGCGACCGUGGCAUCCAGGAUCCACCGAGCCGCCCAGCCUGCGCUGCUGUACCUCGUGCCCUUCACCCUGCUACCCCUGCUCACCAUGGCCUACCUGAAGGGGGACCUGCGGCGCAUGUGGUCGGAGCCCUUCCACACGAAGAGCAGCGGCUCCCGCUUCCUGGAGGUAUGAUCCAGCGUCCAGGAUCUCUGGGAGUGCGCAGAGGAGAGACGGACAGGGUGGGGCUCCCCCUGGGCCCCUCCCCUUCCCUGGGCAGGACGCCUCCCUGCACGCGGAUCUGACCACCGGAUACCCCGCCCCUCUUUAUCCACCCUGUGUCAUCAGUUUGGCGUGUGACUGUCACUUUGACCGGAAGUCAGUUUCUAAUCGGGGAGUUUUUCAUCCUCAGACAUAAACCGCACCCCACCCCCAAACAAAAACAAGUAUAUAUACAUUUUGUUUUUCGUCGGAGGCCAUUCGGACGGCCGUGUUGGACAUCAGUGGGACUGGCCGCUACUGGGGUCUUUUUAAUUUUGCUAUUCUUCUUUUCCCCCAUUUAACCGCCGUGCUCCAGGCUGAGAUGACAUGGGACCAUGCUCUGUGUGUGUGUGUCUGUGUGUGUGUGUCUGUGUGUGUGUGUGUCUGUGUGUGUGUGUGUCUGUGUGUGUGUGUGUCUGUGUGUGUCUGUGUGUGUGUGUGUGUGUGUGUGUUGGCCAGGGACCAGCAAAGGGAUUCAGGAGAGUAGAACUUCUACAACUUGAUGAUUUCUGUAUCAUUUCUAAUACACUACUCCUGGGAUACUUUUCAUAAUUCCCUUUUAUUUAGCAGAUGUUCUUCCUGAAGCACAGGUGUGUCUGUGUAUCCGUCUGCGCGUGUGCCCAUAUUUGCAGUGAAGCAGCGUGCUGUGUGGGUGGCCCGUGUGAAUGCCUGCCCUUCCCGUGUGAAUGCCUGCCCUUCCCGUGUGAAUGCCUGCCCUUCCCGGGUGAAUGCCUGCCCUUCCCGGGUGAAUGCCUGCCCUUCCCGGGUGAAUGCCUGCCCUUCCCGGGUGAAUGCCUGCCCUUCCCGGGUGAAUGCCUGCCCUUCCCGGGUGAAUGCCUGCCCUUCCCGUGUAUCAUGGCCUCGGCUGCUCAAACAAGGACCGACGGACGUGGCUGUGGUGGCCAUGGUGGCUGAAUCCGCCCUUUCUUUCCACAGCCCCUUUUCGGCUUUGCAGCCAUUUUGCGGCAUGGAGACUUUGGAUAGAGAACCAGACAUGGACAAAGCGUGUGUGUGUAUGUGUGCGUGCGUGCACGCAUGCCGGGGGGGGGGGGGGUGCCAAAUGGAGUGAAUGGUGACACCAGUCAUCAGAAUAUUUGUCCCUGUCCUGGAGUGACCCUGCCUGGUACCACCCCCUGCUACACUCCAGUCAGUGGCGGAUGUGUGCAGCUCACCUCGUCUCGGAGCCUGGCCCACGGCUUUCCGAACGGAGCACUUUGCACAGUGGCUGCCAUCGCCUCUGGAGGUGGGUGGGAGAGGGGGGACACAACAUAUAGACUCUUACUGCAGUAGGCAUUGUAAUGACAAAAUAAAGAUAUGGAACGUUUUUUUUUUAUGAAAGUUUUUUUUAAAAAGGAAAAACUCUUCUUUGUAUUGUGUUCUCACUUCGUCUUUGUGCUAUAGUUUAGGCUUUUUGUUACGCUCCGUCCCAUCCUCACAACAGAGGGCGCCAGCUCUGGAUCAUCGCCAUUAUUUCAAUGAAUUCUGUUUAAUUAACGCAGAAUUUAAAAAAAAAUUGAUAAUGUGUGCGAGAUGGAGCCCGGUCAAGUGACCCUAAAGGCGUCGCCUGAUAGGGCGAAGGAUUGGCUGUAAAUAAAGAUGACUAUGACUCUAACUGUACAA